AUGAACAAAAAUACAUUAUUAUUACUUUUAUCCUUAAUUGCUAUUGUUUUGAUUUCCACGGCUGUUAUUGGUUGGACAUACCAUUUAUGGAUGCCAAAAAUAAGAACUUCAUUAGUAUAUAGUGAUUCUAUAAUCGGUUCGUCCCCUGUGUUACCCAAUGAUGGAACAUACGUUCAAUGGACAUUUUUACAAAUGAAUGAUGUCUAUGAAAUUAUGCCAUUGAAUGAAGGAAAAAAAGGUGGAUUGGCACGAGUCGCAACUGUGCGUAAGGAAUUAUUGAAUGAAAAUCCUCACACGUAUACUUUUGUAGCUGGUGACCUCUUAUCACCAUCUGCUCUCAGUCAAGCAACUGUUAAUGGAUCAUCAUUGAAUGGUAUUCAAAUGAUAGACGUAAUGAACUCAAUACCUAUCGAUUACAUGACAUUUGGCAAUCAUGAAUUUGAUUUAAAAAAGCCUGAUCUUUUGAAACGCAUGGCAGAAUCAAACUUUGCAUGGAUAUCCACAAAUGUAAAAAAUUUAUCAACAAAUGAUCCAUUUGGAAAAGCUAUACCGUACAAACUAAUUACAAUUUCAAAUAUAAAUAUAUUGAUAAUUGGUUUAACAAUACAUGAUAAUGUGGGCUCACCACCAUAUGUAACAAUUGUCAAUGGAUCAUUAUUAAAAACAUUUGUGAACACAUUUUUGUCAACACUAAAUGUUAAAUAUGAUGUGCUCGUAGCUAUUACACACCUUGACAUAGCACAAGAUAUAAUGUUAGCCGAACAAGUGCCACUCUUUGACCUUAUCAUUGGUGGACAUGAUCAUGAAAAUUAUCAUGAGAUACGCGGUGAAUAUAACACACCAAUAUGUAAAGCUGAUUCAAACGCAGUUAGUGUAUUCAUUCAUCGAUUAGCUUAUAAUGUAGAUAAAAAGCUGCUACGUAUCUACAGUACAUUAAUAAAAAUCACUCCAGAUAUCCCCGAUAAUGAACAAACAAAAGCAGUUAUUGAACAUUGGUAUAAUAUUGGUAUGGAUGCAUUUGCAGCCGAUGGCUUUCAACCAAAAGAAAUUGUUGCUAAUCUGCCGGAUGAUGUUGAAUUAGAUGGCUUAUCAUCAACGAUUCGCUAUGGACCUGCAUUAUUAACAGAUUACAUCUGUCAAAGCUUUUUAGAUAUGACAAAUGCAACCGUUGGUGUAUUUAAUGUCGGUGCUAUUCGUUUAGACGAUGUUCUUAGAGGAACAAUUACAGAAUAUGAUAUCUUACGUAUACUACCGUAUGCAAAUAUUGUGUGGAAAUUAUCCGUACCCGGUUCAAUAGUAGCAGAAGUGUUAACGCACGGACGUACAUUGAUUGGAAAUGGGAUGUAUUUAGCUUCAUGUGGCGUACAAUCAACAGAUAAUAUAAAUUGGUUUUUAACAUCAGAUAAUAAAACAAAUAUUUCAAAAGAGCCAACAAAUUUUACUGUAGCUACAAUUGACUAUGCAAAAACCGCAACCGGAUUGAAUGAUCCAUCUGUCGAGCUAUUACAAACAUAUAAAUUAGCUUCUCUUGGAUUAAUUCAAUACUUGAAAAAGUUAUAUCAACGUUAA